AUGCAGGUCUUGGCGAUCCUCCUCGCCCUGGCGGCACCCAUGGCAGCAUCACGGAAACAUGAAGGGAAAGACCAUCUACAUCCAGCGCAACGUCGACAAGUGCAAGGACUGGGAGCGCUGGUAUCCCCUAGGCCUGCUACGGCAAUACUCAUAACAGCAUCACCUGCGCAUUUUACACAAACGCCCACAACAGCAGCCGUCACACCAACGAUAUCGUCCUACGUUUUCCCGACAACAGUCAUCCAGGAACCCGUGGCCACGGUAUGCCCUGACACACCAGCUUCAUCGGCACUCUUCUCCAUCCUCCCUGUAUCCUCGUUGGUAUCCGCCGUGGCAUUAGCGUCCAACGCUACGCGUGGCUCGGCGAUCACCACGAACGACACCACCACGAGGUACAUCCCCACCCAGGUCAACGCUACGGCAUUAUUACCGAACGGGAGCACGACUGUGUUCCUGUCUGCUGCGACCACGGCAGCUAUUUCGUCCAAUACUGGCGACGACGAAACGACCACACCAGCCUCGGUAGCUAUUUCGUCCAACACUGAUGAUGAAACGGCACCGGCACGCAUAAUCCUGGAUAGCAAUGGAUGCCAAACAGUAUACAGCGCCAAGACCACGGCGUGGUGUUCCACCACCAUCAAGCCCCCGGGGAUGAUCGCGGUCUCCGUCACGGAUUGCGAUCAGUGGGUUACGUUUUCGAGUCAGAGACUCGAUGCGUGCGGAACCGAAGCUGCACCAACUGCUGUGCCUACCUCCGUGGCCGCCGCUGAUGAUGCUGGUGGUCCUCCCAGGCCUGUGGCAUAUUACCUGGCGCACUGGUACGACCUCGUGCAGGGCGCAAUCCCCAAUCAUGUGCAGGUGCAAAAUUGUGUGCAGGGAUCGGGGUCGGGAUCCAUGGCGCCGGCGUCGGAAUGGGAUUGCGCAACGUCAAGGGAGAGCUGGGACGUGGUGACGGCGACGACAACAAGUACGGGGACCAGCGUGGUCUCGUUUGCCGGGCCGGCGCUCAUGACGGCAGGAACGUACACCCUGACAACAACCCUCUCAUUCGAAACAACCCGCACGACGACCGCGGUGCUCAUAUCGUCGAGUAUCGCGCGGCAUCGGCUGGGGGAAGGUGGAGACAUCGCAAACAUUGGCUCAUUAUCAUCAGCACCAGGGCGAGAGCAGACUGUCACCGUGCUAGUCACGAUGCCAACGACGAGGACUGUGGCCCUAGAAACGGUGACCCGGACGACCGUUACGGUGAGGCAGACAUCGACGUCGACGCUGCUUGUCACGGAGACGAGAACGAGGGUGGGAGUGGGCGCGCAGACGCAGACGCAGACGCAGACGCAGAGCGGAGAUGGGGUUUCUGGUAUGUCUGGAGACGUGGUUGGCGCGUCUGCGUCUGUGGCGUCUUGA